AUGUUUAACAGUCGGUAUUUUAACUUCUUUACGAUUCUUGCUAUAACAAGUUUCUUAUCAUUAACAAAUGCAGCAUUCUGUAGUAAUUUAACAUCAACUAAUGAUAAAGAUACAGCAUGUUUUCUUGAAUCAGCAAAACUCAAUCCAGCACUUUUACGUACAUCAAGCAGUAGUUUAAUUUUACCUUGUCAUGUUGCUCGUUCAAAACGUGCAACUGUUGAAUGGUGGUAUCAAGAUUUUCUUAAAACGAUAAAUAUUAAAAUUUAUCCAAUGUAUCCAACUGUUCGUCCAACUGUCUUUCGUUUCAUUACCAGUACUCCAGUAUCAUCACCUGGUGCUAAUGAAACAGAUCUUAUUGAUGUAUCAAUUUUAUUACGACAUGUUAAUGUUGAUGAUAGUGGUAUUUACCGAUGUGUUAUUCGUUCAUGGUCAGAUGCUCCAAUGACAAAUAUUGAAGAUAACUUUUGGGAAGAAAAUCCAACUUUACCAACACUUAGUUAUCAUGUUGAAUUAUCUGGCCCUCGAAUUUGUCAAACCGAAUUUGAUAAAUCACCAUGCUUUCAAAAGACACGCACAACUUCACCAGCUAUAAUUAAUGCUUAUCAAGUAGCAUUCCUUCAAUGUGUUGUACAAAAUAAAAAACAUAAAGUAUUUUGGGUUCUUGGUAAUGCCACUGAAAACAGUGCUCUUAUUAUUGAUCAUCUUAUCUCAAAUCAACAUAAUGGUGAUCGACUUCGUCGUUUAUUUCCAACUUCACAAUACGAUUAUUCCAUUGAAUUAACAGUUAAUAACGAUACACGUGAACGAACAUAUUCAUGUGUUAUUGAUCGAUUUGGUGAACUUGAAGCAACACUUUUCACUUAUAUCAUUCGACCAAUCAAUCUUGAAACUAUUACUGAUCGAACUAUUAAAACUCAUAAGAAUGCAACAACACCAAUGAAAGAAUCAGAAAAGAAAAUUGAAAACAUUAUUCCCCAUGAUGCUUUAGCUCCACAAGAAAUUGAUGAAUUGCGAGAAAAGAGUACACAUGAACAUGUUAAAUCAACAAAGCACGAUAACGAUAACGAUGAUGACGAUGAUACUGAUUUACCCGAAUUUUAUGUAAAACUUUCUUGA